AUGGCGUCAACGGUGGGGUGCAUCAGAUACUGCUCCGGUUCCUCCAUACGAUCCAGCGGCGUAGAAUCAGCGGCGAGAUGGUCGAAGGAGAAGCUUGUAGCCGUCGAUCAUGUGGAGCGUGUGAUGACAUACGAGAUCGUGGAGAGUAACAUUGGGUUCGAGUCUUACGUAUCGACGGUGAGGGUAUCGCCACGUAGCGAAGGCUGCGUGAUUGAGUGGGGAUUCACCGUUGAUCCCGUUGGAGGAGGAUUGUCUCUAGAUGAUCUGGUGAACAAGUAUGAGAAAGCACUUGGGGUAAUCACCAAGAACAUGGAAGAUGCUUUUACAGGAACAUAA